UGGCGAGGCGGAGGCUGCGAAUGACACCGGCAGGGGGGCGCGCGCGCCCAGCGGCUGGACUGGCACGCAGGGUCAGCCCUGCAUCCCUCCCUGGCGCCCUGGUUCGGGAGCCCUCUCUUCCCUUGUGCUCGGCUGUUCCGUCAGAAAGCCAUUGCCCCGAGAAAGACUCGUCCCCGCGGUUGCGAUCGCCGCCGGCCAGGGGCGCCUCGUGGUCCUGGGUGCCCGCUGCUCCUGCUCCUGCGGCUGCUCCCACUCCUGCCGCCGCCGCCACCGCGCUCUCUCCUCAUCCCAACACGCCAGCCCGGAGCGGGGCGGGGCGGGGGCGGGGCGGGGGCGGGGGCGGGCGAGAAGGAGCCACCUCCUCCGAGGUGACCCGCUGUCACCUGAAAGGAUCGGGGGCUGGGCUAGGCCGCGGCGCUGACAGCACCCCCAGCCGAGACCGAGACCGCUACUCCUAUGGAAAAUAA